CACGAGCCGAUGAACUCAUCACCGACCACAGAGCCAAGUCUCCUUCCGUCCCAUCAUAUUCAUCUCGAUGGACCUAGCAUCUCUCCCCUCUGUCCAAACCGGUGCCAAGAGCAUUCUCUCCCAAACCAGCAUACUUGAUAUUCUCAUCGCUAACGCUGGGAUCAUGGCUCUCCCCCGGUCUCACCCAAGAUGGGUACCAGCUACAAUUCGGCACCAACCACCUCGGACACGCUCUUCUUGUGAAGCUUCCAGUUUGCCCACCCUGCUCGAAACCUCGGGGCAACCCAGCACCGACGUCCGCGUCGUCUUCCUCAGCAGCGUGAUGUUCAGCGGACACCCCCGCGGCGGCAUCCUCUUCCCCUCGCUGAAAACACCACAAAGCUUCGCUGUGGCCGGGCCCUGGCAGCGCUAUGGUCAAGCCAAGCUAGCCAAUAUCCUCUACGCGGCAGAGCUCGCUCGCCGCUACCUAGAUUCCGAGAUCUUAUUCCUGUCGAUCCAUCACGGCACGAUCAACGCGGCGUUGGUUAGUAACUGAGCACGUUGAACAAGACGAUAGUCUGGCUCACAAAUGUUGGUAAUGUGAAGGAUGAAACGAAGGAGGGGGAGGCGGCAUGGAGUUCGUGCUGGGCGGUGACGGGGGAGAGAUCGAGCGUUGAAAACGGGGCGUUUUAUCUCCCGAUUGGUGUUAAGGGGAAGAAGGUUCG